GCGUGUGGUUCAGGAGAUCAUUGUCAAGGCUCAGUCAUCGUCAAACAUGCGGCUCAAUCCUCAGUCAGUGUGCAAGCUCAUCUUGCUGGCUGCUUGGUGUGCGCUGAACACAGACAGCACAUUUGUUCCGGGAAGAUGUUUGUGUCCUGAGACGCAAACUGGCGUGAGAGGCAGACUGCAGGAGCUCACCGUGUACCCCAAGAACCCCAACUGCGACAAAGUCACUGUGAUAGUGACGCUGAAGAGCACCAAUGAGCCCGUUUGUCUAAGUCCAGAUGCACCAAUGGGGAAACAGCUGAUUCGAUGCUGGAAUAGAGCGAGGUCUCUGGAUCGCAACGUGAAGUUGUGUCUGAGGAGAAAGAGAAGAAGAGGUCUGCGCCGGCUUUCUCGACAGCGCGGAAGAGCCUCAAAUUUACGCCAGUAGUGGAAACAGCAUGCAGCUAUACAAGAGCGGAGGGUGUGUACAUUGGACUUUGAGAUACAUAGUGAUAUCAGGGCCCUUCAAAAGCACUGUCAUUUUCCACCAAAGUGUCAGAUUCUGCUUGAAAUGAGAUUGUCUUUUAUACAUUUUAGCAGUAAGAGACUAUUUAUGUUUCUAAAAAGCCCUGGAGGCCAAAUGUUAAUUAACUUCAAUAGCUUUAACUACUCAAUAUUGUUUUUGUGUAAGUGUGCUAUUUAUUAUUUAUACCAACAUUCUAGAUGUUAGUUUGUAAUAAACAACUUUAAAAGUA